GAAGUUCCAAGGAGAAAACAUUAUUUUUGUAAAAACAAAGGGGGGCUGUUAGUGAAAUGUCGCCUUCUACUACCUGGACACGGUUGCUCCGCCGUAGUGUUAUCAUCCCGCGGCCUUUAGCCGUUACCGCUCUCAUACUAGCAUGAUUACCAUUGCUAUUACUAAAUUCCUAUUAGCACUUGCUUAAAGCUGCAAUCCAAUUCGAAUCGAAACAAAAAGAACCAGUAUGACGAUGAGAAGGCCGUUACUGAUUGGCGUGAUAAUCGUCAUGGCUCUUGGACUUGCCGUCUACUUGAGGCUUUGGACCAUUGAUUACCAAAUUUCCUCCAGCGAAACCGAUUUAUUAAGAAGACAAUUUGAUCUUGCAAACAUGGAAGCAAUGGAUGAAUCAGCUGAGUGGAGACUCAAAUUCGAUGAAGCACAAGAACGAGCAACCAAGUGUGCAAAGGAGCUAAAAAGGGUUAAGGAAACUCUUGGGGAUAACAGCAUGACCAAGAGGCUAGAUAUGUUGCAGAAGGAGAAUAUAAACUUGCUGGAAAGGGUUGAGACCUUAAAACAAGAGCUUGAAUCAGAGAAGUUGAAGUGCAGUAUGCAGAGAGCGUAGCCGUGUGUUAGAUUUUGAGAUCGAGUUUUGACCAAAGAUGGCAAAGUUAUAUUUAGAAUUUUAGAUCAGGUGAGAAGUGCAGCAGUAUUUUGUUGUUACAUUUACUGUAAUGUAGACAAGAAUGUUUUCUUUAUCCUAUAGAGAAAUUAAAAUCCAUUGUUUUGAAAAAAAGUAAAUAAAUUAACAGAAGAUCGGAUUGAGGUUUAAACCCUAAGAUUU